CUCCAAUCGACCUCCUUAAGUAUACCAGUGCUUAUCCUGAAUACCCAACCUAUACUCUGUUCUUACCCAAGUCAUCAUCCACGCCGCGGUACUUCACCUUAUCGAACAUCGUUACAAAAAAUGGCUAUCCAGUAUGUCCUCUGGUACUACAUGCCCUCGCUUAUUGGAUCAAUCGUCAUGACCACGUACUUCGGUGUAGCCUCGCUCGCGCACUUGGUCCGUCUAGUCCAGACAAGGUCACGAUUUUGCGUUCCUGCCGUUAUUGGGGGCAUCUUCGAAGCUGUCGGGCACAGUGCUCGCACUGUGGCUCACUUCCACACAGACAAGACGCUACCUUACGCCAUUCAGUCACUCCUAAUCCUCCUCGGUCCGAUCUUAUUUGCAGCAUCGACCUACAUGAUCCUGCAACGACUGAUCCGCGCGAUUAAGGGUGGCUCACAUUCGCUGAUCCCUUCGCAUUGGAUAACCAAGGUGUUUAUCGGAGGCGAUAUGCUGUGCUUCAUCAUUCAAGGGGCCGGUGGCGGUGUCCUUUCAGGGGCUAAGACUCACAGUAGAGUCAAACUCGGCGAAUACAUUAUACUGGCUGGUCUGGUCCUUCAGAUAGUUGUCUUCGGCUUCUUCGUGAUUGUUGCUGCUGACUUUCACUCACGCGCCCGGCAUUCCCCAGCGAUAUCGGCAACAAACAUUCCCUGGCAACGCUGCCUCUGCAUAUUGUACUUUAUCAGCAUCCUGAUCUCGGUCCGAAAUAUUUUCCGAGUCGUCGAGUACGUUUGGGGCUCCAGUGGAUAUGCUCUAAGGCAUGAAUGGACAUUGUAUAUCUUUGAUGGCGCGUUGAUGGCAGCGGUGGUUUUAGUCUGUCUCACAUGGUAUUCGGUCGAUUUUACUGCUCCCCGCACUGCUUCCCAACGACACAACGAUGAGGAGGCGAAAAGGUGAACAAUGAAAUAUGCCGCUGACAGUAAAUUGAUAGCGACAAGCUUGGAGGAUCAGCAAAUCAAAGAUUGUAACACAUAUAAGGGUCUCGGUGAGAUUUGACAUUUGAAGGGCCAAGAGUGAUACAGGAAUAACUAGCUAGGUCAUGUGCUAUUCCCUAUGGCAUCUAAUUGAUUGAUAAGUCAGCA